AUGAGCCGAGUUAGGGAUGCUGGCUGCGUAGCCGCAGGGAUAGUGAUCGGUGCUGGAGCCUGGUAUUGUGUGUACAAAUAUGCCAGGGGAAGAGACCAGAAGAAGAAGAGACUGGCCAAGGCCAAGCCCAGGGCUGUAGCUGGGACUGGAGCCAGAGCUAGAGCUGGGCUAAAGGCAGGAUUCACAAUCGACCUUGGGCCUGGAUUGGGUUCUCGGACCCCAGCGCUGGUUGGGGCAAAGGACAGGGCCCAGGAUGAAACCUCUGCAUUGGGUGCAGAUGAAGCUGAGGCAGUGAGCCCAGCUGCAGCCAGUGCUGAGACUCAGAGUGGGGCAGGAAGUCAGGCCCCAGAGGCUGAUGGGGCCAAUGUUGGACUUAAGGCUGAAUCAGUAGUGACAACUGCAGUGGCACCACCUCCCAGGGAGGCAGAGGCUCCUGAGGCUACAGAGGCUCCCACAAUGCCAGGGGCUCCCAAACUGGCAGAAGCUCCCAGUGUACCUGAGGCUCCUGCAGCUGCGCCUCUGGUGGCAGCAGAAGCUGGGAGGGCAAUGGAGUCUCCACUUGUGGCAGUGACUGCUGAGGUGAGAGAGGCUCCCAAGGUGCCAGCACCUACUGAGGUGAUGGAGACUCCCCUGGUGGCGGCACCUUCCGGGGCUGCAGAGGCUCCUGGGACUUCUGGGUCCUCUAGAGGAGCUGCAGUUCCUGGACCAGCAGCAGCCAAGAGAGCGACCCCUGGGGCACACACUGGAGCUAUACCUAAGGCUGGGUCAGCAACUGGAGCUGUACCGAAAGGUGGGGCCAAGGGUGCAACCAAGUCCCGUUCUGGAGGCAAAGGCAAGGGCAAGAAAAAUAAAGUUGAAGUAGACGAAUUGGGGUUGGGCUUCCGCCCUGGGGAUGGGGUGGCGGUAGCUGCUGCAGCCUCAGCUAAUGGAGGGCAGGCUUUCCUGGCAGAGAUCCCUGAUUCUGAGGAAGGCGAGUCUGGGUGGACUGAUACAGAGUCUGAGUCAGACUCUGAGCCUGAGACCCAGCGCAGGGGAAGAGGGAAAAGACCCAUUCCCAUGCAGAAGCGCCCCUUUCCUUAUGAAAUUGAUGAGAUCCUGGGUGUCCGAGACCUCAGAAAAGUCCUUACCUUGCUUCAGAAAACCGAUGACCCUUUCAUCCAACAGGUAGCUCUGCUCACCUUGGGCAACAAUGCCAAUUAUUCAUGCAACCAAGACACAAUUCGCAAAUUGGGAGGCCUCCCGAUUAUUGCAAACAUGAUCAACAAAACUGAUCCACACAUUAAGGAAAAGGCGUUAAUGGUCAUGAAUAACCUAAGCGAGAAUUAUGAAAACCAAGGCCGACUUCAGGUAUACAUGAAUAAAGUGAUGGAUGAUAUCAUGGCCUCUAAUCUGAACUCAGCAGUACAAGUAGUUGGGCUAAAAUUUUUAACAAACAUGACUAUUACUAACGACUACCAGCACCUGCUUGUCAAUUCCAUUGCAAACUUUUUCCGUUUGUUAUCUCAGGGAGGUGGAAAAAUCAAGGUUGAGAUUUUGAAAAUACUUUCGAAUUUUGCUGAAAAUCCAGACAUGCUAAAAAAACUGCUCAGUACCCAAGUGCCAGCAUCCUUUAGUUCACUCUAUAAUUCUUAUGUGGAAUCAGAAAUUCUCAUUAAUGCCCUUACUCUAUUCGAGAUCAUCUAUGACAAUCUCAGAGCAGAGGUAUUCAACUACAGAGAAUUCAACAAAGGUUCCCUUUUUUUCUUAUGCACUGCAUCUGGAGUGUGCGUUAAGAAAAUUCGAGCCUUAGCAAAUCACCAUGACCUCUUGGUGAAAGUGAAAGUUAUAAAGCUGGUGGAUAAAUUCUGA